AUGAAGGAAGAUGCACCCAUCACCGAAACCAAGCAGAUCUCACAAACGCAUCCAUCACAACAGAUCCUACGCUCGCCUUCACCCUCCAGCGACGAAGAUGUCAUCAACCAAGCAGUUUCGGUCGGGCGCCCCCGACCCAAAGACGACACCGACGCAGAAAGCAUAGGCGGCCAACGCAACACAAUGUCCCGCAAACGCAUGCUCCUCGCCUUCUCCGCCCUCUCCGUCUGCCUCUUCGUCUCCUUCAUCGACCAGACCAGCGUCUCUACCGCCGUGCCCGCCAUCGCGGAGGAUCUCGACACAGGAACGGCCACCUCGUGGAUCGGGACGUCCUUUCUGAUCGCGUCGACGGCGUUCCAGCUCAUCAAUGGGCGGUUGUCUGAUAUCUUUGGCCGAAAGAAUUUGUUGAUGAUUUGUUUGGUGUUGAUGGCUGUUGGGGAUGUGCUUUGUGGGUUUUCGAGGACGAAGGAGCAGCUUUUUGCGUUUCGGGCUAUUGCUGGGAUUGGAGGGGGUGGGAUUAAUAGUAUUGUUAUGAUUAUUGUGAGUGAUAUCACGACGUUGGAGAAUCGGGGGAAGUAUCAGGGCGUUCUCGGCGCCGUCCUCGCCCUUGCAAAUGGAGUCGGCCCCUUUGUGGGCGGCGCAGUCGUACAAGAGUCGACCUGGCGAUGGGUCUUCUGGAUGGUCCCCAUUAUCAGCGCCCCAGCCGCCGUGACAAUCCUCUUCUGUCUCCCACUCAAGCACCGAUCGGGUAAUUACAGUGAAAAGAUCAAGAAGAUUGACUACGGCGGCAUCGCGCUCAACAUGGCCUCGACGCUGCUCCUUCUCAUCCCGUUGUCAGGAGGCGGCGUGACAUACCCUUGGUCCUCGCCCUUUGUCAUCGCCGGGGUGGUCGUGGGUGCCGUACUUGCGGUUCUGUUUGUGCUCUACGAGUGGAAGCUGGCGAAGCUGCCCAUCAUGCCUUUGCGUUUAUAUCAUGCGCCGCAUUGCAGCGCGUUGUUUGGGCAGACUUUCCUUAUGGGCCAGGCGUACUUUGGUAACUUGUUUUACCUACCGAUUUACUUCCAGUCCAUCCUCAACUAUGAGCCCCUUGUUUCCGGGGCGCUUAUUCUCCCUGUCAUCAUCACGACUUCGGGGCUGUCUAUACUGUCUGGGCAGUACAUGCUGCGAGUGGGACGCUACAUGCCCUGCAUCCUCGCAGGAUUCUUCCUCUGGACGCUGGGAAAUGGUCUCACGAUCCUCUUUGACCGCGAUACAGGCCUAGGAAAGAUGAUCCCGAUCCUCGUGGUCAUGGGCGCGGGGAUAGGCUUGACGUUGCAGCCUACGCUGGUGGGCAUGUAUGCCAACUCCCGCGCUGAAGACCGGGCCGUCACGACAGGGUUACGAAACUUCAUCCGGACUAUUGGAGGCGCGUUCGGGCUCGUGAUUUCGGGAGUUAUACUCUCCAACACGCUGAGACGGGAUCUUCACGGGAAAGACUUUGUUUCCGAUGCGGUGAUUGCGGAACUGACUUCGUCGACAUAUACCUUGGACCAAAAGGGGUUCUCGGAUGCGGAGAGAACGGUGAUUUUGCAGGCGUAUAUGAAGGGUUUGCAUUACAUUUUUGUGUAUUAUGUCAUUUGCUCUGGGCUGAGCCUGGUGUUGACUCUUGGGGUUGGAAAUACGGGAUUGAAGGCGCAGAAGCCGGCGCCGUCUGAGGAGGCUUCGGAAGGUCCGAAUGGGGUGUCGGGAGAGCCUCCGAUGAGUGAUCAAGAGAAGGCGAGUGGGAAUUAG